GAAUACAAUGCGCAUUUGGUCCGUGUGUUACGGUAAUACGGAAACGCCGUAACGUUAACUGUUGAUGUUUGGAACUGUUUUACACUGGUCAAAGCGUGAUGUUUGGCGCGUUGUUCAGUCUCGGCUGCUGUUCGUGCUCAACAUUCACAUUCUGAUACAUAUAUGGAAUUAUCUCGAGAAGGCUCUCUAAAUUUAUAAGCUUGUAUAUGACACGACUUUUACUGCACAUCAGCGCAAAUCUGGUUCCACCUGUGCAACAUAUCCGUCACCUCAGCACUGUCUGAACUGCCACAGAAGUGAAUUGUGAUCACAGUUUAAACAAACACAGAUGCCUCGAUGGAGGACUUGUACAAGCAAACACUUUCGUUGGUCAAGCCCAGUAGCUCAAGGGCUGCUUUUGUGCAUUUUAACCUUUGGAGUGAUUCUGCCUAUAUGCUGUCAUCGUCUACUUUACUCAUAUUAUUUUUUAAAGACUGUUUAUCUUGAUUCACUAAGUGAUGCAGCACUACAGGAAAGCUACGACAGAGGCCAGGAGGCCCUGCGUUUCUGGGAAGCAGCAGCCUCUACGAAAAGCCUGAAGGACCCGUUGGAAACACUUGCCAAGAAUCCGGAUCUCCUAGUCACUGUGGUGACAGCCAGAAGAUCAGAGGGGAGGGACUAUCACUACCUGUUACAGGUGGCACAACAGCUCAAAUCGCUCCUCAAAGCGUGUGGCGAUAAACCAUGUGCUGAGGUCAUGCUCUGUGAUGUCGAAAGCAGUCCCACUUCAAAUGAGGAUGCUUUGCUUCUGGAGAAACAGUUUUUGGUUGUUAGACGUUCUCUUGAUGAAAGGUGGCAGAUCAGAGAUGUGACCAACAUCUUCGAGAAGGAGAAAAGAGAUUAUGUUUUCUGCCUGCGCAAAGGAUGGGACCUGAUGAGGCCAAAAAAUGUUGUUGUCCUGGAGGAUGACGCACUUCCGUUGACUGGUUUUUUCCCGUCCGUUAAAAGCUUACUCUCGCGGAGAUUUGCACUUAAUACUUUAUACAUAAAGCUCUACCAUCCAGAACGUCUGCAGAGAUACUGGAAUCCAGAGCCUUAUCGCAUUCUAGAAUGGAUGGGUCUCGGCCUGUUUGGGGCUACGAUCCUCCUCCUUUUGUUAGCUCACUGUACACCUCUUUCUUUUACCUUCUCACUUCCUCAUUUUCUCUUUCUGGCUCUCUAUGUAAUGGCCGUGGCUGAGCUGGCAGGGAGGCACUAUCUCCUAGAGGUCAGACGGCUUUCGCCUCAGCUGUACGCUGUGUGUCCUGCCACUGAAUGCUGCACCCCUGCUAUGCUCUAUCCAGGUAACGCCUCCAUUCGAGCCGCCGAAUACCUGGACCAGACCGUCUGCGCUCAGGGAAAUGCAAAAGACACGGUGCUGUACAAGAUAGCCAGAUCGAGGCCAGGUGAGAAGUCACACAGCGUUGAACCCAAUCUCAUCAAGCAUAUCGGUUCUUACUCCUCCAUCAGGACGAACCCCGUUGCACCGAGAUUAAUUUGACAUUUCAGAUUGUUCUCAUAGAACAACUCCUAAAAGUUAAAUAUGAAACACAUUUCAGACAGUGUUUGAACACAUACUCAUGUAGGAGUUCAACAUAACACUUGGAUUAGGGCCCAAAAAGUGAGACCUAGAGAAGUUUUAUAUAUGUGACCCUUAUUUGCUGCAGCUCCAGACACAGAUGCUUUAAGAAUGUGGUAUAUUUUUUUAACACAUUUUUAUCUUGACUAAAGAAUGUGAUGUUUAAAUUUUGCAGUCUUUACAAUUUUAUAUAUUUGAGAUAUAUUAUUGUUGCUGUUGUUGUUAUUAUUUGCAUCUGCUGGAAAUAUAAUCAUCUUUCAUUAGUGAAUUUCUUGGUUUAUUUUAUAUACCACACCAGCAGUAAAAUCAUUUUUUAUUUCAUGACUGAAAUACAAUUAUGUUUAAAGAAAUCAAAGGUGGUUGUUUGCCAAAAAAUUUUUUUUAAUUGUUUCUUGCUAACUUUGACAUGUUGACACCUACAGAAUGCUGCUUGUCUUUUAAAGGAACGUUAUAAACAUUUGUCUACAGUGCAUAGAAAUUGAUUUUUACAUGAGAAGGGAAUUAAUAGGGUUAUAAAAGUUACUAUAUAAACCAUAACAUAAAUUUGCACACAAAAACAAAAAAAAAGUGCUUAGUUCACAUGCAUUUAACAAUCACGUAACUUUAUUAAGUUUUCAUUUUCAUAAUGAGCACUAAAAUGUUUGUACCCAGAUGUUGAUUUAUUUACUUUUUUUUUUUUUAAAGAGAUUGUUUGCAUAGACUUGUAUUGAUCUUUCAAUCUAUGGCCUUUAUAGAAAUAACUUUUGGUAAAAUAAAUACGUUUUACAAUC